AUGUAUAAUCCGAAUCGUAAGUUCGUUUUGAUUUCGAAAAAUUAUAAAAGACGUUGUUACGCUUCUUGUUCGUUAGUUUUGAAGGUUUUCUGUUGAAAAUCUUCGGUGUUUUUUAUGGAAAUUUAAACAAAAAAUAGUUUGUGAAAUACAACAGUUUUUUUUUGAAAAAUAAAUAAAAUUAUUUGUUCUGCGUGUAGCGUAUGCCUACCCGUACAAUUCAAAUGUUGCCUACUACAAUGUAAGUUCGGGAGGAGGAGGGUAUGCGGCACCUGCUCCUGUCUCCGCCUACAACAUUCCUCCACAAGCCUAUGUGGAUCCACAGCCUUCUUAUCCGCCUAAGCCAGCUACUCCACCCCGAUCCAGUUCGAAAGAAGAGAGAAACGACCGUGCAAGGAAUAGUAAAAUCAGCACAGACACAAGCUCAAAAGACCCAGAAGCCUUAAUGUAAGAGACCAAACUAAGUGCGAUUAAUGUCGUUAUUUUUAGGAGUAGAAUCUUUAUGGGAAAUGUAAAUGUAACUACCACACGAGAUGACAUAAUUGACGUUUGUAGACCAUUUGGUCGUCUGAAGGCUGUUUCUUUAUUUAAAGGAUACUCUUUUGUUCAAUAUAACAAACCGGAAGACGCAGCUAUGGCCGUCCAAGCAUUGGAUGGUUACAAUUUACAAGGCUCCAAGUUGGAUGUCAGAGUUGUCUCAGUUGGAGGUGUCAAAGGAAAGGGCGCGGUACUGAAUGCAGGGUAGGUACAUACAUCUUGUGGUAAAUUUUUACCUUACAGACUGGCAAAACGCCCCAAAACCGAUUUCUUUUUUGGUGGUCAUAAGGUAAGGCCGGAUGUUGUGAAUGGCCGAAACAAAUCCUUUGCCGAAGAUAUUUCUCCAGGUCUGACGUCACUCCAAUUCUACGACCAUAAACAGAAAGACGUGCUGGUUUGUGGGUCUUGCAGGACCACUUUUGCAGAGAUUGUUGAUUACAUUAGACAUCGACGUCUACCAAAUUGCAAUUUUUUUGAGAAAGGUAACUGUUAAGCGGGAAAUAACGGCUUGGUAUCGGUUUAGAGGUCUGUCCAACCAAACUCAGCUGCUUCACAUGUAAUUCCGAGUUCACCGAUUCGUGGGUUUUCGUCCAGCAUCUGAUACAUCGCCAUAGCAUUAAUCUUUAUAAAGGUCAGCCGAAGAGUGACCCUUCCUUUUUCGUGGAAAAAUAUGGAAAGUUUGAAAAGACUCCGGCAGAGACUGAUGAAUCAGAAGAUGAUGACAUUUCGGACGAUAAAAGCGAAGAGAGAACAAACCAGGAAAGAAGUGACCGCCGUGAUUCCGACGAGCCUGAGCCUAAGAAAUCCAGAGGCGACUCUUUUUCAGAGCCCCCUGACAUCGAUUGCAGGUCCGAAGACACUCAUACUCCGCCACACCAAAGAAACCCACCCAAACCAAUCGAAGCGGCGGAUUUUGCUAGAGCCUUCAACGAGGAUUCAACCAUUGGCAAAGCUCCUCCCGCCCAGCCAAUGACAUCAAUGCAAUCUUUGUUGAGAUUACCACCUAAUCCAGUUGGUUCCUCCAGUACUGGUAGUGCUCUAACCGUUGAAGAGCAGAUGAAAAUGUUGGCCGAAUUUGACCCCUCUGGCUUCUGA